UCCUCCCAAAAUAGCCCAUCUUCUGAGAUUCUACGAAAAACACUUUCAUGUCAAAUUCUUUCCCAUCACAGCAGCAGCUCUGCCGUCUAGCUCUCCUAACUGGUUUCCCCAUCGUCUGCUACCUCUCUCAUUCCUCCCCUAUUCCACAUCUGGAAUCCAGGCCCACAUUUAUUUAUGCGACUUGGGUUGUUUUUCAGGGAGUUUAAAGUUCUCUCCAGUGUACUGUUGGCAGCCAGGCUUCAUCCGAUGAAGUCUACAAUUACAUUUUACCAUAGCCGGUCACUCUGAAAUUACAUGUUUGACCACAGAAUGUCUUGAAAAGCACAGCCUCAUAAGGCAGACAGAAAUAGACUGGUUUCGUGUCAACUUGGACUUUAGCCCAGCUGAAACUAUGCUGCUUGACUGAUGAGGAGAUUCACUGGGCUCAUUUCAGACUGCAGCUGCAUCUACUGAGUUCCAGAUCUCCAGUUAGCAUCACGGUGUGAAGAUAUCAGCUAUCAAUAUGUGGCUCUUCACUUGAUAGGACGUGCAAACUUUUGGAAACUACUGUGGUGUUAUGUUAAAGUGGAGAGGACACAGUCAGAAUGGCGAGCCCUCAAAGUUCAAGACAGAGCAGCUACUCCUCCAUCUCUGGAAAAAUCAAGAUGCACUCCAUACAUGUGGACUCGGUCCAGCGCUGGAUGGAAGACUUGCGUCACAUGACGGAGGUAGAGUGCAUGUGUGUUCUACAGUCCAAACCCAUAGGCAUGGAUGAAGAUGCUCCAAGUGAGCUGAUUGUAUCCAGAGUGGGUGCUGUCGGCGAGCACGUCACUCGUGAUAACCUGCAGACGCUGCUGAAGCGGGCGCUGGUGGUCAGUACAGAGAUGGGGAAGAUGUUCCAGCGUUUGGAGAAGGGUCGCUGGCAGAGGGUCAACAGCACUGCCGUCAGAGUCAACUGCCAUGUGCGCUCGCUGAUCCAAGAGUACAGCACAGCCAGAAACGCCCCAGCCGAAAUGCAGAAGUAUGAGAUGUCUUUGCUGGAGAAAUGCAUGGAGCUCAACGUCAUUACUGAGAGAUGUCUUCACACGGAGGAUGAAUACUUCCUCAAAUCCAUGAAGGAGGCCAUUCAUGAGAUCCUCACUGAUGUCAGCGACUCCUUCAGCCAUAUGAUUGACAUGGCAUUGGCUAAUGAGAUACAGAUCUUAAUCAGACAGAUUGAAGAGUCUGAUAAUGUUUUUGCCAUCAGCACAGCCAUAAGUAAUCUGCAGUCUUUAACUCAAGAUGGACCGCAGCUCUGCAGCAUCAUCGCUAAAGAGGGCGCUGUUGUGGCCCUGCUGAAGAUCUGCAGGCAGGACUGCUUCAGUACUUUAUACGCUCGCGCGUUGAGAACCGUGGCUUCAAUCUGCUGUGUGGAAGAGGGCAUUAACCAGCUGGAGAAGGUGGAUGGAAUCCUGUGUUUGGCAGACAUCUUAACUGACGGCACUUGUACGGAAGCGACACGAGCAGAGGCUGCAGCAGUAAUGGCUCAGAUCACGUCUCCACAUCACACUUCCACACAAUAUCUCGCCAGCUUCCUGGAGAGCAUGCAGGACAUUGUCACGGCCCUCAUCAAUCUGUGUGAGAGUGCCUCCUGUGGUGAAGUGUUUCUGUUGGCUUCAGCAGCACUGGCAAACAUCACAUUCUUUGACAGCAUGGCGUGUGAAAUACUCCUGCAGAUGAAUGCCAUUCACAUCCUGCUGCAUGCCUGCAGAGACCGUCAACGAGUCGACACGCCAUACUCCAAAGACCAGGAAGGAGGACAGGAAACAGGUGUUCAGCGCAAGGUUGUGACAAUUCUUGCUAAUCUGUCUGUUUUGGAGCAGUGCAGUACAGAAGUGCUUCAGGAGAAAGGAAUCGAGCAGCUGCUUCUGUUGCUGAAUGAGAAGCCUUCAUCCUUCAGUCCCUCAGAAAGUUCAGCAUGUGAGCGAGUCCAGCAGAAAGCUGUCGUCACACUGGCCCGUCUCAGCAGAGAUCCGCUGGUUGCUCAAACUGCCAUACAACUCAUGGCUGUUCCUCGUCUCAUUGAGUUGUGUCGGUCUCCAGCAGAAAGGAACAACAGUGACUCUGUGCUUGUGGCCUGUCUGGCUGCUCUGAGGAGACUUGCGGUUGAAUGUCCAGACAGUAUUGCGCCCACUGACCAUCAACAGCUGAUCAAACCCAGAUUAGUGGACUCCUUCCUGCUGUGCUCCAACAUGGAGGAAAGCUUUGUCUGACAGACUCUGGCUUAUAUACACCAUUGGCAUUGAUUAAGAUGGGAAAUAAAGAAUUUGUGCAAUUAUUUUAGCAUAUUUAUAUAUUACUAAAAGAAAAUGCCAUGUUGUAUGUUUUUGUAUAAAACUUAGUCACAUGUUAGAAAUAUAAUGCACUUCAAGGUUUAACAGACAUUUUAAUACAGUAGAUCAUUGUGGACUAUUUUUUUAUUUAUUUUUUUCAAAUUAGUUUAUAAUAAAACAAAUAUUUGAUACUUUACGGCAUGUCCUGAAUAAAAACCUCAGUAGAUAUUAUUGUAACUGAAUCUUUGCUCUUUAUCUGGAUGGGAAAAACUGUUUGUGGGGUUAAAAAUCUGCAAUAACCAUGGGGCAUCGGUACGCUACAGUGUUCAAUUUGUUUUUGACUAAUUCACACUGAUCUUCUACUAAACCUGACAAAUGUUAUAAACUCAAUUAAUACCUCAAGUGUGUUAUGAAAAUAUACACUAUGGUUAAUGCUAUGUGUACACCUGAACACCAAGCAUGUAUGUGCUUGUUGAUCAUUUUAUUUACCUGUAUUUCCCAGAAGUAAAGUCACGCCUGAAUAUAACAGGGUAUCUGCAGCUUUGAAAAAAUAAAUGUAUGUCUUUUUAAGACUGUUGAAGGCCAAAUAAAAUUACAUUUAAGACCACUCUGACAUGAAAAUAAUGGCUCUAUAUAAAAUUUUUCUAUAUAAAAAAAAUAAAUGAG